AUGGCUGAGCGUCCUGUUCCCAGCGAAAUGGUUGAGCAAGAUUGUAUUGGGCCAAGAGGUGUCUAUAACUGGGCGGUUGAGUUCAACAAUGAGCGCAGCGAGCGAGCGCUUGUUAGUAUUUUCGACCUCAAGACGCUCAAGAAACGCAAAGUGCUGAGCUCUGCCGAUGCUCAGGCUCGAAGCUACGUCAUUAAAUUAGCGCAUGUCAAGUCGUUCCAUGCGGCCCAAGACCCGACUCGCGACGUCAUUUUCCUAUUAAAACAUUCCUUCCUGGACGGCGUGAACCCAAUCAUGGGCGGCAUUCCUGUCGUGUUCCCUAACUUCGGAAGUGCCAAAGGUCUCCCUGGUCACGGCUUCGCUCGCGUGACCAACUGGACGCUGGCCGGUGUUGAAGAGGCUGCUGACGCUGCUAGCUCUACAGUCGCUACGUUUACUAUGGCUGCGAGUGACAAGACCCGCAAGAUGUGGCCUGUCGACUUCGAGCUUAAGUACGAGGUCAAGUUGUCGGCUAAUCAACUUGAGACGGCUCUCAUUGUACACAACACGCACACAGAGGAGAUCGACUUCCACGCAUUGCUGCACAACUACAUUUACGUGGACGACGUUCGCGACGGAAAGACCAAGGUGGCCGGUCUCUCCGGUCUCGAGUACUUUGACAAGGUCGCUAAGGUGAACAAGACACAGAAUGCAGAGCUCAGCAUCACUGCUGAGACGGACAGUAUCUACUACAACGCUCCGUCGACCUUGACGGUCUCUUCCAAGGGCGUCAAUGCUGCUGACCGCACAGUGGUCAUCGAGAAAUCCGGUUUUAUCGGUAAUGGAGUGGCCCAGACUAAGCAAGACACCGACGCUGUGAUCUGGAACCCGUGGGUCGAGCGUUCCAAGACCUUGGUCAGGCCUGAUUAUUGGGUCAGGCUCCAUUUCCAACAGGAUCUUCCUACAGAAGAAGAAGAAUCGAGCAGUGAAGAAGAUGACGAGGCUGUAGACGUCGACAGUGAUGAUGACAACGAGGGCGUCUCUGGUACUAGCAGCGAAGAGGACGCUGCUAGUACCAAUUUGGGCGCAGGUGUGAUCAGCAAUGACAGUGAUGCCGAUGAAGGCGACACUGAAGCCGACCAACCUCGUGCCGCGCAGACCAUCGUGGUCUAA